CAUUACAUAAUACAUACAUUCACACUCUCUCCUCCCUCAAUUUCACCUUCCUCUUUUUCACAGCCAUUUAUUAGAUUCCUCUCUGAAUGGACUUUCUUUUCUCCAUUGGAUGGUAGUAUAUUCCCAGCUAAGAGAUUGCCCAUAUAAACAAAGAAAUUCCUGUUUAUGUCUGAUUUAUUUUUGUAGCUGUUUUUGAUUUUCUUUGGACUGUUUGACACAAAAACUCUUCUGGGUUCUUGGCUUUUGCGAACUCUCUUUCCGGGUUUGUUCCAAAAAGGUCUUCUACGCCCAGCAGGAUAUGCAAUAGGAGGCUUCAAGAUAACCAUAGAGUAUUUUCAUAAUUUUUAGAUUUUCUUUUUUCAUUUUCUCCUGUAGCUUUCGAUAUAAACUAGUUUUUUCUUCCUUUUUGUUGUGAAUUUCUUUGGAUUUUUACUUUAUCACGAUAAGGAAAAGAGAGAAAGAUGGGCAAGCAAGGGCCUUGCUAUCACUGCGGAGUUACAAGCACCCCUCUUUGGCGUAAUGGGCCUCCUGACAAGCCGGUAUUGUGCAAUGCAUGUGGAUCUCGAUGGCGGACAAAGGGAACACUUGCAAACUAUAUUCCACUCCAUGCUCGUGCAGAACCUGAUGAUUACGACGAUCAUAGGGUGUCCAGAGUGAAGAGCAUAUCUAUAAAUAAGAACAAAGAAAUGAAACUUCUAAAACGAAAGCUAAAUCAUGAUAGCAUCAUAAAUGGAGGGUUUGCCCAUGACUACAGCCAGGGUUUCCGGAAGGUCGUAGAUGAAGAUACUAGUAAUAGAUCAAGUUCUGGUUCAGCGAUAUCUAACUCUGAAAGCUAUGCUCAAUUUGGGAGUGGGGAUGCUAGUGAUUUGACAGGUCCAGCUCAGUCAGUUGUGUGGGACUCAACAGUUCCCUCUAGGAAGAGGACCUGCGUCAAUCGUCCAAAGCCAUCUCCUGUUGAGAAACUUACAAAGGACUUAUAUACUAUUUUGCAUGAGCAACAGUCUUCAUACUUCUCUGGAUCUUCUGAAGAGGAUUUGCUUUUUGAGAGCGAAACACCAAUGGUUUCGGUUGAGAUAGGGCAUGGAAGUGUUCUCAUUAGACAUCCUACCUCAAUAGCUCGAGAUGAGGAAUCUGAAGCGAGUUCUCUGUCAGUUGAAAACAAACAAUACUCGGCAAAUGAGACAUAUUCACGUUCUGUCACCCUUCUUGUAGAUAAUGUGAAUAAGAGUGUCAAUGCAGCAAGUUCUGUGGAAAAAGCUAAACAAGCCAUGGGACAAGGGAUGCAACUAGAGCAACCUAAAAGGGACAAGUUUCAGCAUGAAAAACUACAACUUUUGGGAAGUCGUGGUUCACCACUGUGUAAUAUAGAUUUUAAUGGUAUUCUUAACUUCGAGGAGUUCACAAAAAACUUGUCAAGUGAGGAGCAGCAGCAGUUAUUUAAAUAUUUACCUUCACCUGAUACUGCCAAACUUCCUGAUAGUCUUGGAAACAUGUUUGAUAGCCCUCAAUUCAAGGAGAACUUGUGUUCCUUUCAGCAACUACUGGAGGAAGGAGUGUUUGAUAUCUCCUUCUCAGAUGCAAAGACUGAAGACCAUAAGACUUUGAAAAGGCUUGUGUUAUUCAAUUUAAUGAAAUCCAAAUGGGUGGAACAUUAUCAUCAGCUGAAGAAACUUAAGAAUAGCACUGGAAAACUUGCUGUUGGAAGAGGACCAAAUGCCAUAGCAUCAAAUAGUUCCGUUAUCAUCAAUAGUUCACUUGACAGUCAAAAUCAUAAAAUUCCAGAAGCAAGGGGUGUGAUGAAGAGCCCUAAAAGAGUUAUCAUGAAGGCGUCCUAUGAAAGCAAAGAACUCAUAGACAAUGAUGGCUCUUGCUUUAGUCCAAGAAGCCUAUUUGCAUUGCCUUCUGAAAGUAGCUCUUUCAUGCUGGACUCUCUCUAUUUUGUCGAUGAAAGUCCCGACCAGGAUCUGCUGCUGGAUGUGCCCUCUAACAGCUCAUUCCCACAGGCAGAGCUCCUAAAUCCAACUAUAAGUUUUGGCCAACAGGCGAGCACUAGUAGUAGCAGUAUAUACCCACAUCUUGUUCGUCCCUAGCAAUGUUUGUAAAAUGAUACUUUGGUCACUUGGCCUAAUAAUGGAUGCAGCUUCUGCGGCAUAUCGUGACUGGGGAAACAUGUUUUGCAUAUCCAAUGCAUAAAAAAGCUUGUGAAUGAGGUUUGAUGGUUGCUUUCUAAUUCCACCCGCAAUCUUCUUGAUGCUUCAAGAGAUGAAUUCGGGUGGAUUUUUUUUUGGUAUAGGUUGACAACAGGAUGUAAUAUAUAGCUCAAAAGUGCAAAAAAGAGGUGGCAAUAUUCUGAGUUAUGUAUGCAAUUUUUAGUUUUUGGCU